UAAACAUUUUCUAUCAAAUAAAUAAAUAAAUCUUUUAACUUUACAUAGCUAACCCUAGUAUCUUGUCGGUAAUAAAGUUUAAAAGGAAAUGGCAAAAAGGUAAGGUAAUAGACAUUAUUUUUAGUUAGUAUCUUCUAUAAGAAUGGGCGUAUUGGAGAUCUAGCGCCAUGGUGUACCAUUAUUCUCUUGGUAGCAUUUGGCAAGAUUUCCCCUCUCCUUACCAAUGGACAAUUUUAAUCUUGCUAGAGUUUUAUUGUUGCUUCUCCAACUUGGAACUUUGUUCAUUGCCCAUGCAUGUCCUUAUUGCCCUUAUCCUCCUUCCACCCCAAAGCACCCAAAAUUGCCUCCCAAGGCAAAACCACCUUCUACCCCUAAACAUCCUAAAUACCCCCCACAUGUGAA